UUCGAGGGGCCCAAAUAACAGAUUCAGCAGCCCCCGAGCCCCAGCCCUUGGAAACCCUUCCAUCGCCUCUCCUCCGCGCCGCCACUUCCCCUCUCCAGCGAGCUCCCCACGGUUUCGCGCGAGAUCUAGCUAGGGUUCGGGUUCUCGACACCGGCGGCGAUGGCGACCGAGCAAGCGGCGGAGAACUACACGGUGGAGGACCUCGUGGCCCUUAACCCCUACAACCCCGACAUCCUCAACGACCUCGAGAAGUUUGUCAACGAGCAGGUCUCGUCUCAAACAUACAACUUGGAUGCAAACCUGAGCCUCCUUCGCCUGUACCAGUUUGAGCCAGAAAGGAUGAGCAUACAGAUUGUAGCCCGCAUAUUGAUUAAGGCUCUCAUGGCAAUGCCAGCCCCUGACUUCAGUCUGUGCUUAUUCUUAAUCCCUGAACAUGUGCAAAUGGAGGAACAGUUCAAGACAUUGAUAGUUCUUUCUCACUACCUGGAGACUGCUAGAUUCCGUCAGUUUUGGGAUGAAGCAGCAAAAAACCGCCACAUAUUGGAAGUUGUUCCAGGUUUUGAGCAGGCAAUCCAAUCCUAUGCGAUUCAUGUGCUUUCCUUGACAUACCAGAAAGUUCCGAGGCCUGUUCUUGCAGAGGCUAUCAACAUUGAAGGUCUUGCUUUGGACAAGUUUCUGGAGUACCAUGCCGCAAACGCAGGUUGGGUGAUUGAGAAGGGUGGACAGUCUCAAGUGAUUGUUCUUCCGCGCAAUGAGUUCAAUCACCCCGAGCUCAAGAAGAACACAGCUGAUACUGUUCCAUUUGAGCAUGUGACACGCAUAUUCCCCGUCCUUAGCUGAUUCAGGCGUACUGAGAGAUUUAUAUAUAACUCAGAGCGAGUGAAGUUUCUCUAAGCAAUUGUAUCUCCUGUUUUGUGGUGUAUCGCAUUUUGAGAAAUCUUGAUAUACCUGUUUUUGGCUGAAUUAGUACUUGCAACUGAUGGUGCCUACCCUACUACAUUACUCUAAUGAAAUGCUCAGUUAUGUCAAAA